CUGUCGUUCAUUUCUUCGCUUGGUCACUGCGAUCCACCACAUUUUCAGACCCUGCACAAGCCUACGAUAGGCAAUAGCUGCGAUCUCCAGCCCUACGGGUUCGCACAACGGGUCGUACUUGUACUACUGGACCACGAUCAUGGUUCCCCAGGUUCGUCUUAUCUGGCGGAACUCGAACUCCACUCCCCUGCCAUACACUGCGUCGCCGCUGGAGUUAUUGUGGAGCGACAUCUGCCUUGUCAUUCGAUAUGCCUGGGCUCUUCCGACAAUCUUUCUUCCGCUUCGUCUGGGACAGACGGGCCCGCUAGAUGAGCUACAUCUUAACUUUCAGGGCGGGUUGUCCCUAAUAAUGCAGGCCUUUCUCACGGUCUAUCAAUUUUUGUUCCUCCUAUCUUUACCUUUUAUCGUUCUAUGCUUAGUUCCUGCUCUCUGGAUCUUCAUUUAUAUCGCCACUGCUCUCACAUUGAACUAUGCCAUCUGCAUGUUCGUUCUCAACGGGUUUGAGCGAGUGCUGGUCUCCAAAGUCCCGAUAGUCGAACAGCCUGACCACCAAAAAGAACGAUGGCUCUAUAUAAAUGGAAUAGCUAAUGGGCAUUACUGGGUGCAAGACAACAUCGACCAACUAUCGUACACAUUCGGCCGAAAGAUCACCGGUAUACAUAAUCGCACCGCCGGUGUUCUUUUUGAUCUAGCCGAAUGCCUAAUUCAACGUGGCUUUGCCUACGCUACAGGUGACGUGCGAAGCGCCUAUGUUCUCAUCAAAGAAGCACUGCUCGACCCGACAGUUGAAAAGGUCGUACUUGUGCUCCAUAGUCAGGGGGGUAUUGAGGGGGGUCUUGUCGUCGACUGGUUACUAGACGAACUUCCCCAGGAUCUUCUCCACCAGCUCGAGAUUUAUACUUUCGGAAAUGCCGCCAAUCAUUUUAAUAACCCUCAUUGCAUCUGUCCGGCAUCAACUAAAGUCGAUAAUUCCAACCGCGAUCCGUCAACGAGGCGUUCCAUUGGGUAUAUUGAGCAUUAUGCCAACGCCGAAGAUGUGGUUUCCUGGCUGGGCGUACUUCAAUUCGCCAAUAUGCCGAACCGCUACCUUGGCCGUCUAUUUGUUCGGCCUGGCUCGGGUCAUCUAAUGAACCAGCAUUACCUGGACAAUAUGUUUACCCUUGGAUCCGACAGACGGGUACUUGACUCCAAUCCAUUCAUGGAUAUGGAAGUUGAGACGAAAUCCAACAUAACGAUCGAGAGGAGAGGAGCGGGCCCAGGACCUUUGGACGAUUCUGAUGAACCUACAGACGAAACUUUGUUCCCGAUUGCAAAUUCGAAAAGCCUUUUGCGGAAUGGCGUGGCGGUUGACGAAGACGACACUCAGGCUCUCCGUGUUAAAGACUUCAGCCGACUAUGGCAAUACAGGAACGGUGGAUCUCCAGCGAGGCUGAAGACAGAGUAAGAAAGGGCUGGUCUUGACAUAGAAACAUAAAGCCUUUCAAUAAUUCCAAGAAUAUAUUGUUCAUCCUUUU